AGGUAUUCAUCAAUAGAAAUAGUAAAAUAGAAAAUGAGGUUCUGGGUAUUAGUGAUUUUGUUAGUUUUAGUCUCUACGUCAAGGGCCUUGGCUCAGCGGUGUGGAAACCAAGCAGGAGGGGCACUGUGUUCUGAUGGACUAUGUUGCAGCGAAUUCGGUUACUGCGGUAUGACUCUUGAGUACUGCUCCAAUGGCUGCCAGAGCCAAUGCAAUUUUGAUGGUGGCUCGAACCCUACCCCCAGCGAUGGUAGUGGCAACAUCAGUUCACUUAUUAGCCAAGACAUGUUUAAUGAAAUGUUAAAGCAUCGUAAUGAUAGUAAUUGUCCUGCUAAUGGAUUUUACACUUACGAUGCUUUCAUUUCUGCUGCCCAGUCAUUUGAUGGUUUUGGUACAAUUGGUGAUAUUGACACUCGUAAAAGAGAGAUUGCUGCUUUUUUGGGUCAAACUUCACAUGAAACUACAGGUGGGUGGCCUAGUGCCCCGGAUGGUCCUUUUGCUUGGGGUUAUUGUUAUAACCAGGAACAAGACAAGGAAGUGAAUUAUUGUGUUCCAACUAAAGAAUGGGCAUGUGCUCCUGGUAAGAAGUAUUAUGGCCGAGGUCCCAUCCUAAUUUCAUACAAUUUUAACUACGGUGCAGCAGGAAAGGCAAUCGGCAUUGACUUAUUGAACAACCCGGAUGCUGUAGCAGCCGACCCGAUUAUAUCUUUCAAGACUGCUCUCUGGUUCUGGAUGACCCCACAGUCACCAAAACCAUCGUGCCAUGCUGUCAUUACUGGCCAAUGGAAACCAUCUGCCUCAGAUGUACAAGCGGGUCGACUUCCAGGAUAUGGAGUCAUCUCCAAUAUAAUCAGUGGUUCUACGGAAUGCGGUAAAGGAUCCAACCCGAAAGUGGAAAAUCGGAUCGGAUUCUAUAAGAGAUAUUGUGACAUUUUCAAAGUGGGUGAUUAUGGCGAUAACUUGGAUUGCAGUAAGCAAAGGCCUUUUGGUGAAAUAAGUAGCACAAAUAAAACGGUGCCGCGUUUAAUCAAAACGAUGUGUUUCAUCAUUUGAAUUAAUGAAACGUGCAUUUUAGAGAAGGAGCGUAUUAUACGUGUCUGUUACUAAUCAUGCCAUAUCAAUAGGAAGUAAAUCAUGUUGACAGAGGUUGUUAGGGCAAGGGUUAGAGUUGUUCCAAGAUGUUGAAUAGGCCCAUUAAGGGCCUAAUGUAUCGAGCUAUAGAGGAGGCCCAACUAAGAAUUUAUGCCAAUCACUUAAAGGCCUUUUUUAUUGUCCAACCCACUUAAGAAUUUAGCCGAAGAACUCUCUAGAAGCCCAGAAUGAUUUAGGACUUUAAAUAUUUAGAUACUUCGUGACUUGUUUUUCAAAAUAUUCUAAAAGUGACUUUUACUUGCCUAGCAAGAAAAAAUUUAGUAUAAAUAGGACAAAACAUUCAUUGUAAAAGCAGGAUACAUUGAAUAUGCUAAAAUUCUGCUGAAUUUCAUAGUAUUUAUUCAUCUGUCUCUCUCUCUCUUCUUCAUCUUUGCCGACUGCUUUUUCUCUCCUUAUAGGUCCUUCACUAUUUUAUAGAAACUAGUCCAAGUACCCAAUAAAUUUUGGGGCAAAAAAUCUAUUUAGCAUGCUCGGUAAAACUAUUUGAAUUUUGUGAAAAUAUCAAAUAGUAAUUGUGCAACUAAAACCACGUCAUCAACCAUCGAACUUGGCGGAUGAAGUUGCGGUGAGUAAUUCACCUAGGAAUUCGAUUGAUAACUCUCCAUCAACCGUGCCACCAAUUGUUUGCACUAUAAAAACAAUCAAAGGCUGACAAACAGCUUGCGCGUCCUAAGUAUUGAAGUCUACUAAUUAUAGAAGUAAAUGUAUUAUCCGAACUCCACUCCUAAUUAGAGGAUUGAAUGCAUUUGGCUCUAUGGUAAAACGUUUUGCAUCAACACUUUGUAGAAAAAUAGAUUGAGCAAGAAAAAUUAACAAUAUUGGGAAAAGAAAAUACAAUGAACUAAAAUGAAAUUGAAGUUGAAAUAAAAAUUGCUUGAUUUAUUGAGUAGAA